GCUGGCCACUAGGUGUCGGUAGCUCACCGUGGUUCAGGUUUAGACACUAACACACCGAGCUGAAGGAGAGCCCAGAGAAGAAGGAGGAGGAGCGCUAGCAUGGCGGCCAAGGUGGUGAUGGUGGCCGUCCCGACGGUGUUGGGCAUAGCCUCCAUCCGUGUGUAUACUGUGAGCGAAAUGCCCACUGAUGGACUGGUUACUAGAGAAAAGCUGAACAUCUACACCCCGCUGCCACAGUCUGCUCAGGCCCAGUUUGUUCCAGAGAGGCCGGGUGUCAUUCAGAGUGGGUUAACUACAGCGAGAGAGACCAUAGUACCAUAUGUCCAGGCUGUUCAGGGGGCCUGUGUCUCUGUGAAAACAAGAAGUGUUAAUCUAUACUAUGCAGGAGAGGAUGUAUUCUAUUACUUGAGAGACCCUCCCCCGGGUUUUCUACCCAGAUUUGGCACCAUCACCAUGGCUGGCCUGCUCGGCAUGUUCUUGACCCGGAAAGGCUCUCAUUUCAAGAGGUUAGCCGUUCCACUGGGCCUGAUGAGUGCAGGAGCUUCGGUGUGCUACCCGGCUCAAACAGUGGCUGUGCUUAAGGUGUCAGGUAAGAAGGUGUAUGCUGUAGGGCAGUGGAGCAAAGCUACAGUGUCUUCACUGAUCGCCUCUAAGGAGCCUGUCGCCAAAGAGAUCGUUGCUUCACAACCACAGACAGCUACAGUGCCAAAUCCAGAGUCUGCAGUAGUUGAGGAGGCCUCAGAGCCCAGUGCCACCACAGACAGCUCAGCCCAAAGCUCCUCAAUCCCAGAGACGGAGGUGGAAUCAGCCGAGUCUGUUCCUGCCACCGAUGAGCCUGUUGACGCUGUCAUAACAGAGGAGGCGUCAUCAGUAACACUCGCAGAGAUUUCCCCCGACCAGACCCUCACAGAGACCAACACAGAUCCAGUGGCACAUUCAGUGCCAGCAGAGGCGGAGGCCACCACAGCCUCUGAGGAAAUACCUGCACCUGUUGAAAAUGAGGAGCCCUCAGACACAAAACAAGCAACAGACGAUGUCGCCGCUGAUGCCAGCAAUGCCGAGCCCACACCAAGCUUAGAACCGGAGACGGCAGAGGCUGCCCCAGUGGAGGCUGCCCCAGUGGAGGCUGCCCCAGUGGAGGUUGCCCCAGUGGAGGCUGCCCCAGUGGAGGCUGCCCCAGUGGAGGUUGCCCCAGUGGAGGUUGCCCCAGUGGAGGUUGCCCCAGUGGAGGUUGCCCCAGUGGAGGCUGCCCCAGUGGAGGCUGCCCCAGUGGAGGCUGCCCCAGUGGAGGCUGCCCCAGUGGAGGCUGCCCCAGUGGAGGCUGCCCCAGUGGAGGCUGCCCCAGUGGAAGCUGCCCCAGUGGAGGCUGCCCCAGUGGAGGUUGUCCCAGUGGAGGUUGCCCCAGUGGAGGUUGCCCCAGUGGAGGCUGCCCCAGUGGAGGCUGCUGAAGUCGAGUCCGCCCCAGUUGAUGCUGCUCCAGUCGAGGCUACUGAUGUCGAGUCCGUUCCUUCCUCUGAAGAUCCGCCUGCUCCAAAGGCCUCAGACGAGCCAGCAGUGCCAGUUGUUGAAUCAGCUGAGCCCGAACCUGCUGCUCAACCUGAGUUAGCUGACCCACCACAAGAUGCUGCUGUGGAGGAGACACUCACACCACCACCAACACCUCCUCCUCAACAGCCUGCAGCAGAAAACAGCAAAGAGGGCUCCGGUUUCAAGGCAGACCCCGCUCUGAUGGACUUUGGCCAGUCCAACCCGGAGGAUGAAGACCUGUACAGCACACGGAGCUGAGAGACCACAACCGGCCGCAGGAGAAACCUCAUUCCCACACUGCCAUCUCGUAUUUCAUUCACAUCAACGGACACUCUGUAUCAUUAUGCAGUGUAAAUAGGCCAUUUUGCAAGCAAGCAGAGUUAGGAAGUCUUUCAUCAAAAAUUUCCAUUCUCAUUUCUUCCGCCUACACUAUUGAUACUUCCACCGAAAAGGUCCAAGUAUAUUUGCUUUGUAGCAGCAAAGCAGCAAUUCCCGUACACGGAACUGUGUCGGCUUGCGUAGAAAGACAGAAUCAUGGAAAAAAAAACUACACCCACUACUGUUUGCAAGUCUUUUAAUCCACAGAUGGCAGAUUGAGUAUUUUUCUCUGUGUAUGUGUCAUUUAACAAUUAGAGGCUUUUUUGCAACAGCUUUCACAAUCAUGAGUGCACGGUGAUUUUAUUUAUUGUAAUUUAGCCCACUGCGUUGGUAUGCUGAAAAUACUGCACAUGUGUUGGUAAUGGUUGCAGGAUGGUCUAGUGCUGUUCCAUUUGAUUACAUCCAAAAUGUCUUCAGUUGUUUAGAACCAAAAAUAAAUCUAUAUUUUUCAUGA